GCUUCUUCGUUGGCAAAUAAACGAAUUAAUGAACUAAUUUCCUAAUAUGACGUGAACUUGAACUAGCAUUGAUCAAGUCCAUGAGCUCAUAAGAAGGAGUUCUUCACGUGAGAAAGUCCACGGCUUAGCUUAAUUCAAUAAAAAAGAAAGUAUCCAAUCGACUUUAGGAGCGCCAUAUGUUUCUAUUUGAAACGGUAAAGCGAGGCUCGCUAUAAGGGUCAUAGCUAGUUCAGGAUUGGUAGGAAAGUAAUACAAAUGAUUGUAAUAUGACAACCCCCAGGGGAUCUAGCCUUUGUGUUAAGAUUAAAAAGAAGAGCCCUCUUUUCAUACGACUCGGUGAUUCCAUUGCUCUAUCCGGCCGCAAGAUUCGAUCGCGUACAACACGAGCACGAGAUGGGUUGGGGACCUAGAAAUGAGCUAUGCUCCAAGAAUUGACCCCUGAACUACCUUUACCCGCCUUUUCUUGUAGAAUCCAUUCCCCCUCUUUUAUAUAUUUAGAAUUCUUUUAGGGCUAGUGGAAUGAGGCUGGAACCCAUCAAUAUCGCUAAACCGGGAGAGUUUCUUGUGUUGGGUUCAAAGUUUCGCUCUACCAAGGCAAGAUAUAAUAUAAUAUAAUAUAAUAUAAUAUGCAUCCAGCUUUAGCUGAAUAUCGUGAGUGUUCAGCGAAGUAUGCUAGCCAUUGGCCUUACGUUCAGGAUACCCCUUUCUGUCUUUGCGAUGUUUAGUUAUAAGAGAAUGUUGCUCUUCAGAAAACGAGUAUAGUGGCCUUCGUCGAUGGGACAAACGCUCCAGUGUAUGCGUUACAAGGCAACUAGCAUUUUGUCAUGGAAGUUCGUGAAAGAAUGUUCUUGUUUUUCGUUGGAAAAACCAACGCCGACGUCAAGAUCAGUCUCCUUUCCUUUCUCUUUUCGGGAGCAGAGCUGAAAAAGAUGGACAAUAACGAUUGCGUAAUAUCAAUUUAUCGGCCUCGUCAUCGAAAGCGGCUUCCAAUUGCUUGGAAAUUCUCAGCUAUAUGGGGGACUUUGAUGGUGAGGAAAAAGAAUUGAUCAAGAAAUUGGUAAACUUUCGCAUGAUCGAUGGUGAAAGAACGAGAGUUCGUGCUAUUGUUUAUAAAACUUUUCACCGCCUAGCUCGAACUGAACGCGAUGUAAUAAAACUUAUGGUUGACGCCGUAGAUAAUAUGAAGCCAAUAUGCGAAGUGGUCAAACUAGGAGUCGCAUGUACUAUUUAUGAUGUUCCUGGGAUUGUAGCCAGGGAUCGUCAACAAACCUUAGCUAUUCGUUGGAUCCUUGGAGCAGCUUUCAAAUGACGUAUAAGCUAUAGGAUAAGCUUAGAGAAAUGUUCAUUUGCUGAGAUACUGGAUGCUUACCGAAAGAGGGGAAUUUCACGUAAGAGAAGGGAGAAUCUUCAUGGACUGGCUUCCACCAAUCGAAGUUUCACGCAUUUCAGAUGGUGGUAAAGUGAUACCACAUAAGGAGCUCUUCCUCAUUCAGUCAUACUCAACAAAAGUAAGAAAUGUUUGACCCGGAUCCUUUUUUCAUCUUCGUAUAGAAAGAAAAUCGGCCUUCCUCAUACUCCCCCCUUCAUUCAUAGAGUUGGAGGAAUCCACAAGAGGCCAGCCCGUUCAUAAUUGCAUAAAAGAACCAUUCUUUUUAUGAAAACUCUUGUUCCAACCUCACCUCAGGUCGAAUGAAUACGAAAGGGGGAUCAAUCAAAUCAAUAAGCCAUGAAUGAAGAAGUAGUGGGCCUUUCGCCUUAUUUCGUUUGACUCGUGGAGCUGAGAAAUCUACUUCAAAGAGAGGGAAAGAGUGCUAGUCCGAAAGAACAAGCAAGGGAUGA